GAAAAAGCAGCAGAUGGAUUGCGGCUCCCAACACAUACACUUUAUAAAUGUUCACUAGGUUGCAAAGUGAAAGAGGGGAUUAGAUGAGCUUGAUUUUGCCCUUCACACAUGGGCGAUUCCAUCAGGCAAGUGCAAGCUCAGCAAACUCCCGCUACUCACCAGCACACCUUGGAGAAGCGUCCUACUAAAUGUUACAAAUAGCUGCAGGACAAAAGCUUCUACCGGUUCGAUUUUGUACUUACUGAGGGCACCAUUAGGGCACUCACUUUCUCUAUGGUGAAGAUGAGUGUGGAGGCCGUGAAGGUGAAGGACCUGCAAAUUUGCACCUCCUUCAAUGGAGAUAAGGGAGAAUCCUGGGAGGGGAAUCAGGAGCCCGCAGAAGAACACCAGGGUCUUACCGCUAAACCAAAACAGAUGACAGGCAGACAAGCCCGCAAGGUGGAAGGAGGCGUGUUCUUUCCUAAACCAGAGAAUGCGGUGACAAUCGCCGUUUCCACACGGGUUCUCUUUCGAACGGAGCGAGAAGAGAAAGUGUUCGAGCAGCAUGGAGUGGAAGAGUACUUGAGAUACCAAAUCGAACACGAGAAUGAACCCUUCGCCCCUGGACCAGCUUUUCCAUUUGUCAAGGCUCUGGAGGCGGUAAACGCUCGGUUGCGCGAGCUUUAUCCACAAAGUGAAGAGCUGUUUGACAUUGUGCUGGUGACGUACAACCACGCCCACGUAGGGAUCCGCCUGAUCAACACCAUCAAUCAUCACAAUCUGUUCAUAGAGCGCUUUUGCAUGACGGGUGGAAGCAGUCCAAUCGGCUACCUCAAGGCCUGGCACACCAACCUCUACCUGUCGGCCGACGCUGACAAGGUCAGGGAGGCAUUGGCUGAAGGCAUUGCAGCGGCGACGAUGUUUACGCCAGAGAAGCGGACGGAGGUGUCGGAGUCUCAACUGAGGGUGGCGUUUGACGGCGACGCUGUUCUCUUCUCUGAUGAGUCGGAACGUAUUUUUAAGGCCCAUGGGCUGGACAAAUUCUUUGAGCAUGAACGUGAAAAUGAGGACACACUGCUCGAUCAUGGUCCACUGAAAGGUUUCUUGGAGGCCCUGGGGAAGCUUCAGAAGAAGUUUUACGCUAAAGGCCAGCGCCUGGACUGUCCUAUCCGUACCUUCUUAGUGACGGCCCGCAGUGCAGCCAGUUCCGGCAUUCGAGCCCUGAGGACCCUCAGGGCCUGGGGUCUGGAAAUUGAUGAGGCCUUGUUUUUGGCAGGGGCACCUAAAGGGCCAAUGCUAGAGAAGAUCAGACCACACAUCUACUUUGAUGACCAGAUGUUUCACGUUGAGGGUGCGGCAGAGAUGGGCACCAUUGCGGCACAUGUGCCUUAUGGCAUUGCUCAGAAGCACAACACCAGACAAAAUUCGGGUGUGAGGAAGUAGACGAGGAGAAGUGGGAAUGAACUUUCUAAAAAGUCUGCUCUGAUCUCUUUUAUAACCUAGAGAAUCUGCUUAACGUGUGCACACAAUUUAUAUAACUCAUUCUCACUGACAGCUAUUGACCUCCAACCCAUUUGAAUUGAAAGAGCUGGUAGUACUCAUCCCCUGUUCAAAUGGAUUGGAUGUCUAUUGCUGUCAAUGGCAGCCAAUGAGUUAAUUGUAUUGCUCAUAUGUACUGAGCGUCCAGCAACUUUUCCUGUCUUAUAAAUUUGUGCUUCUGAUGAGAUUAUAACAACACCGUACUUAUAAAUAUGACACAAUUUAAGUGCUCACAAAGGGUUGUGUUUUUAGUUCAGUUUGUUGGGUUGAAAAUGCAGGAGUGGCUCAUUUGCAAGGCUUUUAAAGCAAUUUGUAUAAAGCGAGGCACAGAGAAACCUAUUGCAAUAGUUGUAUUGAGUUCAUUUUGUCUACACUUAUAGAUUAGUUGAAUUUUUCUUUUAUUCCAGACAAUAGUUCGAGGUUGUUUUAAUUACCUGAGAUGUUCCGGCGAACACUUCCACCUUUAUCAGAGAGUCACUGGUGUUGGUGUGGCGCAAAAAGCACUCACAACAGCCCUGGAUGAAUACAGACACAGACUUUGGAAACGCUACGUAGAUGACAUUCUGGAAAAAUUAAAACAGGACAUACAGUACACAACAACUGCAACAUCAAAUUCAUCCAUGAAGAGGAAACAGAUCAUUCCAUAGAUUUUCUGGACAUAAACAUACAGUGGUAUGAAAAAAAGUAUCUGAACCUUCUGGAAUUUCUCACAUUUCCGCAUAAAAUCACCAUGAAAUGUGAUCUGAUCUUUUUCAAAAUCACACAGAUAAAA